GGCGCCUCGGGCGGGGGCCGGUCCCUGCACCAGGUGACCUGUUCCGGCCGGGAUCCGGGCGGCCUCGCCAUGCAGUGGCGCGGCGCGGGGCUUUGGUGGCCACAGCGGCGGCAGCAGCAGCAGCAGCCCCCGCCGCCCGCGCUCGGUCCCCGGGCCGCAGCCAUGGUCCCCCCGAGCGGCGGUGUCCCCCCGGGCCUCGGCGGCCGCCCUGCAGGCGCGCUGCUCCUUCUCUGCUACCUGAAUUUUGUGCCAUCUCUGGCCAGACAGACUUCCCUGACGACGUCGGUGCUGCCCAGUGCAGAGCAGAGCGCGACGUACACAGACUUUAUUUAUUUUACUGCCUUUGAAGGGAGCGUGCGCAACGUCUCUGAGGUCUCCGUGGAGUAUUUAUGCUCUCAGCCUUGUGUUGUCAAUUUGGAAGCCGUUGUCUCUUCCGAGUUCAGAAGUGGCAUUCCCGUGUACAAAAAGAGGUGGCGGAAUGAGAAACACCUUCACACCAGCAGGACACAAAUAGUGCACGUGAAGUUCCCAAGCAUUAUGGUGUACCGAGACGACUACUUCAUCCGACACCCCAUCUCUGUGUCCACGGUGAUUCUACGAGCCUGGAUUACUCACAGGCACAGUGGUGGGGGCUUGAACGUCCGAGGGGAGGAGAAUUUGCUGCACGCAGUAGCCAAGAAUUACACCCUGCUGCAGACCGUCCCACCUUUCGAACGGCCUUUCAAAGACCACCAGGUGUGCCUGGAGUGGAACAUGGACUAUAUUUGGAGCCUCUGGGCCAACAGGAUCCCACAGUGUCCUCUGGAGAGUGAUGCAGUUGCUCUCCUCAGUUUCCCGUAUGCCUCCAGUGGAGAAAACACUGGCAUCGUGAAGAAACUCCCGAGGUUCCGGAACCGAGAGCUGGAGGCCACUCGAAGCCAGCGCGUGGACUACCCCAUGGUUACCGUUUCACUGUGGCUUUAUUUACUCCAUUAUUGUGAGGCCAGUCUCUGUGGAAUUCUGUACUUUGUUGAUUCUAAUGAGAUGUACGGCACACCUUCUGUGUUCCUUACAGAAGAGGGCGGUUUGCACAUUCAAAUGCAUCUUGUCAAAGGAGAGGACCUGGCUGUAAAAACAAAAUUCACCCUCCCUCUGAAGGAGUGGCUCCGACUGGAUAUCUCUUUCAAUGGAGGCCAGAUAGUGGUCACUGCCAGCAUUGGAUGGGACUUGAAAAGCUAUCAUAAUCAGACCAUUAGCUUCCAGGAAGAUUUCUAUUAUAACGACACAGCUGGAUACUUCAUUAUUGGAGGGAGCAGAUACGUGGCUGGCGUCGAAGGAUUCUUUGGACCCGUGAAAUACUAUCGCCUCCGCAGCCUACACCCAGCACAGAUUCAUAAUCCCUUCCUUCAGAAGGAGCUGGCUGAACAAAUCAAGUUAUAUUACGAGCGGUGUGCUGAGGUCCAAGAAAUCAUAUCUGCGUAUGCUGCAACAGUCCAGGUCGAGGGUGAGAGACGAGAAACAUGUGACGUCUAUAACUCCUACCUGGACCUCAAGCGCAGGUAUGGAAGGGCGGAGGUGUGCAGAGCGUUGCCCUGGGAGAAGGAGCUGAGAGACAAGCACCCCAGCUUGUUCCAGACGAUACUGCAGAUGGACUUGCGAACUGUGCCAUGGAACCAAAAUGACUCCGUAUUAGAAAUCGGUGGGAGGAUAUUUGAGAAGGCUGUAAAGAGACUCUCCGGCGUUGAUGGCCUUCACCAAAUUAGCUCUGUCAUCCCCUUUCUGAUGGAUUCCAGCUGCUGUGGAUACCAUAAAGCAUCCUACUACCUCACUGUCUUCUAUGAAACUGGAUUAAAUGGACCCCGGGAUCAGCUGCAGGGCAUGCUAUACAGUCUGGUUGGAGGCCAGGGCAGUGAGAGGUUGUCGUCGAUGAAUCUUGGGUACAAACACUACCAGGGUGUUGACAGCUAUCCCCUGGACUGGGAACUGUCCUAUGCCUACUACAGCAACAUUGCUACAAAGACACCCCUUGACCAGCACACCCUGCAGGGAGACCAGGCUUAUGUUGAAGCUAUUAGACUCAAAGAUGAUGAAAUACUCAAAGUCCAAACCAAAGAAGAUGGAGAUGUCUUUAUGUGGCUGAAGCAUGAAGCCACCCGCGGUAACGCAGCAGCCCAGCAACGGCUGGCCCAGAUGCUGUUCUGGGGACAGCAAGGGGUAGCCAAGAACCCCGAGGCCGCCAUCGAGUGGUAUGCUAAGGGGGCCCUGGAGACCGAGGAUCCGGCACUGAUAUAUGACUACGCCAUCGUGUUAUUCAAGGGUCAAGGAGUUAAAAAGAACAGACGGCUCGCCUUAGAGCUCAUGAAGAAAGCUGCUUCCAAGGGAUUGCAUCAGGCCGUCAAUGGCCUGGGAUGGUAUUACCACAAAUUCAGGAAAAAUUAUGCCAAAGCAGCAAAGUACUGGUUAAAAGCAGAAGAAAUGGGGAACCCAGAUGCAUCAUACAAUCUUGGGGUCCUGUAUUUGGAUGGCAUUUUCCCAGGAGUUCCUGGAAGGAAUCUGACGCUGGCUGGUGAAUACUUCCAUAAGGCUGCACAAGGAGGGCACAUCGAAGGGACGCUGUGGUGUUCUCUUUACUAUAUCACGGGCAACCUGGAGACCUUCCCUAGAGAUCCGGAGAAAGCUGUUGUAUGGGCGAAGCACGUGGCAGAGAAAAAUGGAUACUUGGGUCACGUCAUUCGCAAAGGCCUCAAUGCCUACCUGGAGGGACUGUGGCACGAAGCUUUGCUGUAUUAUGUUUUAGCAGCAGAAACUGGAAUUGAAGUGUCACAGACAAAUUUAGCACACAUCUGCGAGGAGCGGCCAGACCUGGCUGGGAGAUACUUGGGCGUUAAUUGUGUUUGGCGAUACUAUAAUUUCUCUGUUUUUCAAAUCGAUGCCCCUUCGUUUGCAUAUUUGAAGAUGGGAGACCUUUACUACUAUGGCCACCAAAACCAGUCCCAAGAUCUGGAGCUGUCUGUGCAGAUGUAUGCCCAAGCAGCCCUGGAUGGAGACUCCCAGGGAUUUUUCAACCUAGCUCUACUGAUAGAGGAAGGUGCUGUCAUCUCACACCACAUUCUGGAGUUCCUGGAAAUUGACCCAUCACUCCAUCCCAAUAAUGCCUCCAUACUCCGGGAGCUGUAUGAAAGGUGCUGGAGCCUCAGUAACGAGGAGUCCCUUAGCCCCUGCUCCCUGGCCUGGCUUUACCUUCACCUGCGGCUUCUCUGGGGUGCUGUCCUGCACUCUGCCCUGAUCUACUUCCUGGGAACCUUCCUGCUGUCCGUAGUGAUCGCCUGGACGGUGCUUUAUUUCCAGUGUGUCUCAGCCAGUGGCUCUUCUCCAGCACCAGCCUGGGUCAUGGCAGACCCCACCUCAUCUACCCCAAGUCCAGCUGUGCCUCCAGCUGCAGAUGCCUCCGAAGAUGACCCACCCACAAUGGCUAACAACCCUGAGUCUCGUGGGUGAACUGUGCACUCCCAGUCUCUCCAGCUGAGAGACAGUCCUUUCAACAGCUGGUUGGGGAAGGCUAGGGCCAGGGCAUUAUACUGAUAAAUACCUUAAAUGUCUUGUGAACUGGAUGCCGAUUUUGCACUUGGUGUUUUUUGUUUAUUUUUAAACAAGGACAUACCCAGAGCAGAAUAUAGUUAUCAAACAAAUUCAAGGAUCACCUUGAAAAUAGGAGCAUGUGGGGAGGUGAGCUGAGGCAUUGGACUUCCAUUCCUGGUCAUUGUUCUGGGAACCACAGUCUGCCUUGUGGAGCAUCCAUAUUCCCAUCUGUGGAGAGGCAUUUUAAAAAGUCUUAGUCUUUGUUCACCCUCUUUGACCAGGGAACAGGAACUCCUCUCCAAGGCUGAUGAUGCUUCCGCAUCUCGUUUGCCACAUCCUGCUCCCCAAAGCCCAACUGACAGAUUGCUCUCUCAGUCCCAAACCCAGCAGUUAGGAGGCGCCUUGAAGCUAACAAAACAGCAUAUACAGGGAAGACAAUAGCAUUGUACAUUGGUUUACAUUUUUUUCUCCCCUGUGGAAUUUUCUAGCGUCGUAGUGCUUCCAAAUCAUUUGAUGACAUUAUUGGAUAUCGUUUAUGUUUCCAUCACAGCCCAUGCAAUAACAUCUAGAAAACCUUUAGUAUUUAAGUGUAGUCGUCUUCUUCAUGAAUCACCAUUAGAGUAGACUGGCGGUAAUGGAAUAUGCGGGAAGACAGCCGUUAGCUCAGUUCCAUCAGCACCCCUCUGCCUGCCUGUGUCUGUAUAGGGGGGGUGUGUGUGUGUGUGUGUGUGUGUGUGUGUGUGUGUGUGUGUGUGUGUGUGUGUGGACAAGGGCAAGGAAGAACAGAGUGUCUGUAUUCUGUUUGCUGCUCCAGUAGUAAAUAAAUCAGUAAUGCAAUACUGUGGGUUCAAACUGCUCUUUGCACUACUUUAUUUACAGUAGUAAAUAAAAUUAUUUUUCUACAGUUGA